UUCGUGUGUGUUCGUGUGCGGACACAUCUAGGAAGUAACGUUCGCCCAACUUUUCGAUUCCGGGACGACGCGGAGACGUUAAUUUCGAUUUUCUUAAAGAAACUGUAGUUUGUGAGAGCGUUGAAGUUAAUCUACCUUUUUAGUCAUUUAAAACCGGUAAUAAGCAGCUUCUCGGCGCACCUUUUUAGGGGAAGCUCAGUGGAGGCUGGCAGCGGGUACGAGGCAGUGAGUGAUGCUGAAGCCGAUCUGUAAAUCAGGAUGAGCACUACAGAAGGAGCUGGGCCCCCUGAACGUGAUGACGAGGCGCGUGUAGUGCAGAUCUACACCAGGCUUCCCCAGGACACGGCCACCUACUGUCCCCUGCAGGUCAGUGCUGGGGACACGGCGAGGGCAGUCAUCCACAAUGCCGUGGUCACUCUGGGCCUGGAUGCCUGCCAGACGUACAGCCUGCUGGAGGUCAGGAGACCUGGGAGAGAGGAAAGGUUGCUGGAGGCCGGGGACUGCCCUUUGGAGAGAGUCCUUCUGUGGCCGCCAGGGGCACAGAGGUGGCACCCUCAGAGUCAUGGGUACUAUUUCGUUGUGCAGGACCAGCAAGCCAACAAUGGAGGCAACCAAGUAGAAAACAACAGUAAGGACUAUGAUGAUCUCUGUAACCUCCAAACUGUGACUGAGGAGGGUAUUCUGGAGGCUUUACGCCAGCGCUUCUACAGGCUCAAAAUCUACACCUACGCCAGCAACAUCCUCAUUGCCAUCAAUCCCAAUACAUUCCUACCUCUUUACUACAAUCCCAAGUAUGUCAAGAUGUACGAGAACCAGCCACUGGGCAAACUAAGCCCUCAUAUAUUUGCCAUAGCAGACGUGGCCCUCCGUGCAAUGCUGAACCGGCAGGUCAACCAGUGUAUUGUGUUGUCUGGCGAGAGUGGCUCAGGGAAGACUGAGAGUAGCAGUUAUCUCAUCCACUGCCUGACUGCCCUCAGCCAGAAGACUUACUCCAGCGGACUGGAGCGGACCGUCCUCGGGGCCGGCCCGGUGCUAGAGGCCUUUGGCAACGCUAAAACAGCAAAGAAUAACAACUCCAGUCGCUUUGGGAAGUUCAUCCAGCUCAACUAUCUGGAGAGCGGUGUCAUCAGAGGGGCAGUUAUUGAGAAGUACCUACUGGAAAAGUUCCGCCUGGUGUCCAGAGAUCAAGGGGAAAGGAACUACCACGUGUUUUACUAUCUGCUGGUGGGCGCGUCCAAAGAAGAGCAGGAGGAGUUUCAUCUGUUAAAGCCGCAAGAUUAUCUCUACCUCAAGCAGGAAGACCUCCAUUUAGAUGAUGAGGAGAAACUUGGGCAUGAGUACAAGAGGCUCCAUCAAGCUAUGGAGAUGGUUGGCUUCCUGGCUUCCACCAAGAAACACAUAUUUUCCAUCCUCUCUGCCAUCCUGCACCUGGGCAAUGUGACGUACACCCAGUCAGAGGACACGCACGUCCUGGAUGUUGGACCUGCGGAAGUUUUGUCCACACUGUCUAACCUGCUCAAAGUGAAAAAGGAGCUACUGGUUAAGACUUUGACCGAGAGGAGAGUGGUGACCGCCAACACCACCUCAGUUUCACAGUACACACUACAAGAGGCCUCCACAGUGCGAGACUCCAUGGCCAAGUGUUUAUACAGCGCUCUGUUUGACUGGAUCAUCCUUCACAUCAACCAUGCAAUGUUCAACAGACGGGAUAUGGAGGAGUCGGUCCCCUGUUUGUCCAUCGGUGUCCUGGAUAUGUUUGGAUUCGAGAACCUCCAGACAAACAGCUUUGAGCAGCUGUGCAUCAACUACACUAAUGAGAAACUGCAGCAUUACAUCAACCAGCACGUCUUCAAGCUUGAGCAAGAAGAUUAUGUGGCAGAGGGCAUCACCUGGCAAACCAUCGACUACACUGACAACAGCGGCUGCAUUCAGCUGAUCAGCCAGAAGUCAACUGGACUCUUUGCCCUGCUGGAUAAGGAGAGCAACGUCCCUCGGGCCACAGAUGAAACCCUGUUGGACAAGUUGAAGCAGCAACAUGGGGACAACCAUUUAGUUGUUCCCUCCUCACAUGCAGAGCCUACUUUUGUCAUUCAACACUUUGCUGGAAAGGUUGAAUAUCACAUCAAGGAUUUCCGGCAGAAAAAUACGGAGUACAUGCGUCCUGAAGUCGUAUCACUUCUACGGAGCAGUGAGCGGGCGUUUGUUCAUCACUUGGUUGCAUCCAGUCCAGAAGCCCUGUUCAGAUGGGGAGUUCUCCGAGCCACCUUCCGCAUCCUCACAGUGUUCAAGAAACUGGGACGCCAGCGGGCCGAAUCAAUAUCUGCCCAACGAAGAUCCCGCAAAACCCUCAAAGAGAUGAAACAGCACAGCAGUGCUGUCGAGAGACUGUCCAGCAACAGCUUGACUCUGGAUUUCUCCUUUGAUCGCUCUGAUGAACAUCCUCUUGAUGUGUUUGAAGACAUCUUUGUUAAUUAUGAAAAGAGAAAGAAAAAUCGAGGCAGUCGACAAAAGCAGCUCAUUCCAAAGAACCUCAUGGACUUGCAGUCCCUCAGACAUAUUGUUGGUCUCGCCGCGCAUGACCGAACCAGCAAAUUCAUCUUCCACCCUCAUCGGAGGACCAAGCCCCCGACGGUUGGCACUCAGUUCCAGACCUCUCUCGGAAAGCUGAUGGAGACAAUUGAAAAAGCCGAGCCAUUCUUUAUUUUCUGUGUUCGCUCCAACGCUGAAAAGAAGGAGCUGCUCUUUGAUGAGGAACUUGUGCUUCAGCAAAUCAAGUACCAAGGCAUACAGCAGAUAGUUCACAUCCAGAAGUCCGGCUACAGCGCCAAAUACACAUUCAAGGAAUUUGUUGAGAAGUUCAGAAUGUUGCUUCCAAAAGGAGCUGCUUUAACGCCGGAGCACAUAACUGAACUGUUUGAGAAGAUGGCGCUGGAUAAGACCAAUUAUCAAAUAGGAAAAACCAAGGUGUUCCUCAAGGAGAAGGGGAGGCAACUGCUCCAAGACACUCGCAACAAAGAAGUGAUGCGGCAGAUCAUCAUCCUGCAGCGCUGGUUCCGUGCCUGUCUGUUAAGGCUACACUUCAGGCAAAAAAAAGAUGCCACAAUGAUUAUACAGAGAAACUGGCGUGAGUUUUAUGAGAACCAAAACCAAGCUGCUACGGUGAUCCAGACAGCGUGGAGGAGUUUGCUGAAGAAGUCAAAGCACCAACAAGAGAAGGAGGACGAUAAGAACACGUCCGACACCCGGCCUGGGCGGGACAGCUUGACAAAAAAGCAGUUAACGAGGCAGCAUAAAGUGGAGCUCAGCCCGAGCCGGACCCAGCAGAAGUCCAGGAGCAGAGAGAAGCGAGAAGGGAGAGGAUCCCCUCCCCUGCUCAACAGGCCCCUCUCCCUCCCACUGGACCCUAUAGGUUGCAAUGAUGACCGCUGCACCAGCCCCUCUAAAAGCAGCUUGCUACAGCGCUACACAGAUAUCGAGGGCUUCAAGGAGAAGGCUGAGAGGUGGAAGGAAAGAAAAAGCGAGGGCGAACGGACGGAUGAAUCAAGUCCAGAAAUAGGGCGGCGACCAGACGUUCAGAAGAAUGAGUUUCAGCUCAAAGGGAAAUCCAUGUCUGUUGAUGAACUAUCAAAGAUCAGCUCAUCAGGCUCUGAUAGCUCACCCUCUACAAACGAGGUCAGGGUGCGUCUCCGCAAGCAGCCCAAACGCAAGCGGCGCUUAGCCUACCCCCGCAGUGGCCUAAUGGUGAACUUUGGGGGCUCCAAAGAGAGCGAGUACUGGAGCUUUCCGCUGCCUCCCAUCAGCCCCCAUGUGGCCAGCCUGAAGAGUUCGGCCAGUAGCGUGGAUGUCCGGGCCGUCAAAUCCCAGGUCAAGAUACCAACAGAAACUGAUGGGGCAAGGUUCAGUUUUCUAGCCAGAAGCACCAAUGAGGACUCGGGACAACAAGGAUCUAACCAAUCGCAACUCACAACUCCAGAGAAGAUUUGGUUUCUCAGUAAAUUCCUGAAAAAGCGGGCGCCUAAAUAUUCCCCAGUCAACGAGCCUCCAUCAAAUACAGCAGUCACAUUGGCCAACUACACUCCACAUUCCUACCACAGCCCAAAUCAGAGCAGUGAGAUGGUCCGCCGAAACCCGACCAUUCGAAUCAGCCGUGCCACUCGGGCGUUGCAGUGCAACACGUCUCUGGAGCGUGAGAUCACCGACACCAACGAGCUGCGAAACCUGGACGAAUUCCUCGGCAUUCAGGUGAAUGAGCUGCAAAGUAGAAUAAAAGAUCUGUCGCCAACAGAGAGCAUCUUCCUCACAGCCACGAUGCAGUUCAGAGAUACCAUCAAAGGCAUGUACUCUGUCCAGAAGCCCCAAAUCGGCUACAAAGAUCUGAUGAAGGGCUACCACAACAAAGUGAACACACUAGCAGGGUCCAAGAAGAAGAAGACCGAGGUCUCAUUGGUGGUCAACUUGUUUCAGUCUGUGCUGGACGGCUUCAUAAGGGGCGAGCUAAAACGAGUGGAGUCUGAACCAGCCAAGACGACGAAGAAGAAGAAGAAGAGGAGGAAAAAGGACACAUGUCCUAAUAGUCCUCUGGAUCACCUGUUCAGCACAUACCAGGUGAACAUUAUGCAGUCGUGUGACUUGUGUGGCUCCUACAUCUGGGGAAUGGAGAAAGCCUACAUGUGCAGUGCUUGCAAGUUAAUAUGUCACAAGAAAUGCCUGAGCAAAAUCAUCACAGACUGCUCGACACGGUGUGCCAGACAGGAUGACAGUAUACCAGGCUCCCUUCACUUUGGGGUCCAGGUGUGUGUCCUCACCAGUAAAGCCGUCCCUGUGCCCAAAGUGGUGGAGUUGCUCCUGUUGUACGUGGAGCUGAACGGCCUCUACACGGAGGGUAUUUACCGCAAGUCGGGCUCAACCUGCCGAGCGAGGGAGCUCCACCAGAUUCUGGAGACGGAUCCUGAAAGGCCAUGUUUAGACAGCUACCCCAUCCACACCAUCACAGGUCUGGUUAAACGUUGGCUCAGAGAGCUGCCGGACCCCCUCAUGACCUUUGCCCUCUACAGUGACUUUUUGCAUGCUGUGGAGCUGCCAGAGAAAGCUGAGAGGAUACGGGCUGUAUACCAAAAGGUUGAUGAACUUCCGCUAGCUAAUUACAACACGUUAGAGCGACUCAUCUUUCACCUUGUCAGGGUUGCAAAGGAGGAAAAGCACAAUAAGAUGUCACCAAGCUCUCUUGCUAUCGUGUUUGCCCCCUGCAUCCUGCGUUCACCUGAUGUGGAUGACCCCUUCCUGGGUAUGAAGGAUGUGGGCAAGACUACAAUGUGUGUCGAGGUCCUGAUCUCUGAGCAGUUCAGACGCUACAAUGAGAAGAUGCAGAAUAUCCAGGAGCUGGAAUACGCAGAGGCCCUGGCUGUCAAUCAGCUCAAACUGAGGAGACAGAAUACGCUCGUUGAAAAGCCUUCACAGCUGGAUGUUCCAGACCAAGCAAAUUCUGAUGAAAUAGAGAGGACCCUCAUGGAGAGGAUCAAAUCCAUCAAGCAAGAAAAGGUGGACUUGGCCUGCAGGUUACCUGACCUGGAGCAGGAGCAAUCUGACAAUGACAACCUGGACUCGUCGUCGUCGAUGAGCUCAGAGAGUCUCGAGGAAAGCCUGGACUCGGAAGCAAGAAAGGUGACCAUGCGAUUGAAAACCCAGAAACCCAACUGCCCACCUAAACCUGCUGAUCUGGCGCAGAGAGUCAGAAGUCUGAUGGCUCAGAAACAUGAUGCACAGACUGAGUUUGUGUCAGGACGAAAGACAGAUGUUACCAAAUCCAUGUGCUUCCUGCCCAGCCCAGCCAACCCCUCCCCCGACAACGAGCCCCAGAUCACCAACAACACUUCCAAUAGGAACUUUGAUGACCUGGACAUCCCGUACAUCGAUGAGGAUGAAGAUUUAACCUGCACAUAACACCACACGUUGUAAUAAUUGGAAUAUUCUCAAGUAUGUGUUCAAAGAAGAUUUGUGAAUAUCAAAAAAAUAACUGCACUUUGUUUAUUUUUCAAUGCUGCUAUGAAAACAAAGUGCUUUGAGGUAGUUGAUGGUACGGACUGUCCCGUCAGGGUUUUUAUAACUGGAGGAGGAGAACAAAUAGCAAUUACUACUAAGCCUCUUUAUAUUCUAUGCACUGGAUGUGAUUUUAAACAAAUUUCAGAAUUGUACAGUUCACAUUUUAUGAAAGGUAGGUACUUAUGUGAAGCUGUGUGACGAGCUGUGUUUCAUCUAUAGACAGAAACAUGGAUAGCAAUUAAGGAUACAAGUCCCUCCUUUACUAGUAAACAUUAUUUUGAGCUCCACUACUGUGGUAGUAAUGGGAUGUUAUGGUGUUUGUGGGGAAACAAUGUUGUGUACGUGUACCAAAACACGUAGGAGAAGAAUAAGUUAUUCUGCAUUAUUCAAAUCAACAUUGCGUUUUGGGGCUCUCAUUGAGUGCAUUGUUCAUCUUUUCCUGUGGUAUUGCUGUGACCGACCACCGAUCCAAUACACCUGUAAGGGGAAAGGUCAUUGCCGUUCUUUUAGACUGACUGAAAAUACUUGCCUCUGUAACUUCUCUUGGUAUUGCUAGGCUGUGCAAUUUCACAAAGUAAAUGUUUUUGAAUAGUCAUAUAUUAAAAUAUGCAUACCUGUACAUUUUAUAUGGAAUAAUUCAUAUUGGGAUGAAAAUCCUAAGGGUUUGACUUGUAUAAUAAACUGACCAAUUUCAAAUGUC